AUGUUGAUGUUGACAGGUAACGGCGGCGCGACGGCGACGUUCGACCUGUUCGACUCGGAGAGCGCGCACGACCUGACGCUAUCGCCGCAGACGUUCACGAGCUCCACCGAGGCGUUCAUCAACGACAACUCGGACAGCCUGGGGGUGCCGGGGGACACCGACACAGUGGGCAGCUCCGAGGACGCCAAGGCGGCCACGCCCGACUCCAGCAAGCUGGCCGUGAAGAAGGCGCGCCCCAAGGCAUCGUCGCCCAACCGCCAGGGGCCGCAGCAGUGCCAGGUGUGCGGGAAGGUGUUUGGCAACGCGUCGGCGCUGGCCAAGCACAAGCUGACGCACAGCGACGAGCGGAAGUACGUCUGCGGCAUGUGCGGGAAGGCGUUCAAGCGCCAGGACCACCUGAACGGCCACAUGCUGACGCAUCGGAACAAGAAGCCGUACGAGUGCAAGGCGGAGGGCUGCGGCAAGAGCUACUGCGACGCGCGCUCGCUGCGGCGGCACACGGAGAACCACCACACGUCGGGCAGCGGGGGCGGGGGCGCCAGCAGCUCGUCCUCCUCGUGCAUCCAGUACGCGCCGCCCCCCGCCACCACCUCCGCGUCGCCCGCCGCCGGCAGCAACUCCGCCCCCGCCAAGGGCGGCGGCAGCCAGCUGCAACAGCUGCUCGCCUCCGACCCGGCCUCCUCGUCCACUCCUCGGCCCACGACGCCCGCCACCAACUCGUCGUCUUCCGCCACGUCCUCCAAGCUCGUAUUACAACGUAAUUUUGGCUAUGGUCGUCAGAAUGCUCAUGAAAGUACCAAGUCAGUCUAA